CGCCGCCGGGCACGCACGCACGCCUCCCCAGAGCAGAGCCCCACCACACACCCCGACGAAAAGCUCCUCACCUUUUUUCCGUUACUUUUCCCCUGGUACUACCAGCGAAGAAGAGAUAGAAGAGGAAGGGGAGGCGGCCGGAGGAGGCGAAGAUGUGCUGCUGCCCGAGCAAGGCGUGCUGCUGCUGCACGCUCGUCAUCCUCGUCCUCAUCGCCGUCGGGAUCGUCUUCGGCUUCGGCGUCUACACCCGCGGAUUCCACAAGCUCUCCAACGGCAUCCACCUCCAGGACGACUACCCCUCCUCCGCCUCCUCCUCCUUCCGCGCCUUCGGUGGCCACCUCGCGCCCUCGCCGUACUAGGGACCCCGCCUCCCAGAUCCGGCGCGCAGUGGGGAUUCCGUCACGCGGUGCGGAUGAGAUGAUGGGCUGGAGCGCCAGCAUUGCUUGCCGUAUGUGAAGGAAGAGGAAAUUGGUUUCGGGGACUGAUCGGUUCGCGUUUAUUAAUUUUUCAGUUGUAUUCCUUUUGUUGUUUCUCUCCGACGAUAUUUUUGCCAGAGUAUGAACUUUUCUGAUUGAUUGGUAAUUAGCGUGCCGCGCGGCCCCCGUUUCUGAUUGUUAA